CAAUCUUUUCAUCAUUAUAAAAUGUCAUCUACUUCUGGUAUUGAAGUUCCCGCAACUAGCAACAAUGCCUCUGCAGGCAAACCUAAACAAGUCAAGCUUGUUUUAUUAGGCGAAUCAGCCGUCGGUAAAUCCAGUCUUGUUCUUCGAUUCGUGAACCGAGAUUAUGUUGAAAAUAGAGAACCUACCAUCGGAGCUGCCUUCUUGACCCAAAAGUGUGCUACGGAUGAUAGAACAAUUAAGUUUGAGAUUUGGGAUACAGCAGGACAAGAACGUUUCCAUUCACUUGCACCCAUGUAUUACCGUAACUCUCAAGCAGCUAUUGUUGUAUAUGAUAUCACUAAAGCUACUACGCUCGACAAGGCUAAAUCAUGGGUGAAGGAAUUACAAAGACAAGCCAAUACAGAUAUCGUUAUUGCUCUUGUUGGAAACAAGCUUGAUUUGGCUAGAGAUGAUUUAGAAGAAGGAGAGAGCACGAGUGAAGAAAACGAGAAUGAAAGACAAGUUCCUAAAGAGGAUGCACAAGCAUAUGCAGAUGAAGCCGGUCUUUUAUUCUUUGAAACCAGUGCCAAAUCAGCAUACAAUGUCGAUAACUUAUUUGCUGCUAUUGCAAAGAAGAUUCCUUUGGAGAAUAUGCAUUCAUCUGGCAGUAGAGGUGGUGGAGUUGGCAGAAACGCUGCUGGUCUUACCCAUGGUGUUAAUCUGAUGCAACAAUCCACCAGUGCAGGAAACUCGGGUGCAUGCGCUUGUUAAAACAUUCUAUUAUGAUUUUAUUUUCUAUAUAAACUUUCUUCCGCCAUUCAAAAAAAUACCCUUUUCCCUUCUAUAACACCUUGUUAUACAUCUUUUUUCCCCCUCUUCCCCUUUCAUCUCCCUAUAAAGAAUUAAAUAAAACAACGUGCAAUCAUCUUGAAUGCUUCCCCA